CAUAGCCCGAUUAUUCUUUAAUUGUUUCUUGAACUUCUAAUUGGAUGCGAUCGUUGGGCACUGAGAUAUUACCUAGGUAAGGUUUGCAAGAGACGGCUUUCUCUGUGGCUAUGGUGGGAGUAUCGCUCGCCAUCUUGGCUACUGUGCUCCGCUUUGUAGCUACGAAAGUUGCUCGUCACAAGUAUGGCGCCGAAGACUGGUGUGCCGUCUUAGCUACCUUUUUUUUCAUCGCAUAUGUUACGCCGUUGCUGUACCUCGUGUCGGUGAUGAACGGUAGAAGCACAACGGAACUGACGAGUGCAGAUGUCGUGAAAAUGACAAAGAUAUUUCGAAAGUACCCCGCCCGAGAAGCUGUGGAAUCAGAACGUCAAAGGCACUUGCGUCAGCGCUCGAGUUUUCCUUGCCGCGGGAGAAACGCCCAAUUCACUGGUGGAUUUUGCUCUUAUUGGGCUGGCGGUCUGGAUGGUGCAAUCGAUGCGGAUUGAUACUUUAUCGAAGGUGAAAUUGUCGGUUCUAUUCGCCUUUGGUGGUCUUACUAUCAGUCAUAUGUAGUAUUACAAGACACUGUCUAUGCAGGUUGACGAACCCUACGAACUAUGCCCUUUCAUUUGGGUGACAUGGACUAC